AUGUCUCACUUUGCGACGCCUUUAAUUGUGAUCAAUCUGGGCUGUGAAAUGGUAUACGUUAUUGAACAAAGAUUAAAGAUGCAAAAAAUACCAUUGAAUAAAUCGGAAAAAGUGUUAACAGAAAUAGUUACGGUUCUACUACACCCGAAGCUAAUGGAAGAUCUAUUUUUACCUCAGCCGGUAGCACCGCACGCAGUAAUUAAACAAUUAAUAUCAGAUAUUUCUGCUUGUUCUAUUAUGAAACUGGAUGACUAUUCUACCAACAAAUUAUGGGAUUUAAUAACAAUGAUAUUUAAAUGGCAAAUAUCCGUCGGAAUAAAUCAAAAUAUUUUUGACAUUACCCGGCGACAUCUAUCUGGUAUUGCAGCACUUAUGCCGAUGACUUUCCCUAAAAAUAUAUAUAAAGAGGCAAUUGACAACUUUAAUACGCUGAUAAGGAAACUUUCUGAUGAUGAUUAUAAAAGUUUAAGUAACACAAUAACACUUUGGUUUACUGAAUAUCACUCGAAAAUAUCCGUUUUAUUAAGGUUAGGACUUCAGAAUAGAGAUGGAUCUAUCAAAUUGCCUGGUAUGAUAAAUAUAAAGUUCCUAAAGAAUCUGGGUGAAAACAUUUAUAAACACGAUAAGAAAACCUAUAUUGAUGACUAUGAAGUUACUUGCUGCGAUAAUAAUGAAAUCAACUGUCUAUUAGCUCCAAUAGAAUCAGUUUCACCAAAAAAAAUUCAAGGCUCUUUCAACAACGCGAAGAUCAAUGGAUCUCUUUUAAAUAACAUCGAAAUAAGUCACGUUAAUGUAUUUAACAAUGAUCUAAAUUUUAUACCAACUGUUCCGAGAUCUACAAAUGAAGAUCUUCUUGAAAUGUUAAAGAAUGAAGCCUAA